UUUGCAUUUCAUUCAUAACAUAAAAAAAAGUUAGUUAAGAAUCCAAAAAAGUUGAUUUGUCAUUUGUCAUAUUUUCAUUUCAAAGAGCACAUCAUAUUUGUUUAUUUAUUCUAUUUAUCGUGUUAAUUAAAAGAUGAGCGAAGAAGAUAAUGCCUUGGUGAACCAGUCGGAGAGCAGUUCGUUUGAGGAUCUGGCGACAGCUCACGAUAUAGAGGAGGCGAAACUGGCCGAGGCUGCGGCAGCGGAGACUGAGAAACCCGUAGAGAGCAAAGCUGACGAGUGGCAGGAUGUGCUUGGAUCAGGUGCCCUACUUAAAAAGAUUUUAAAGCCUGGAGAUGAGUCAGAAGGCCUGAGACCACACAGAAGUGAUAUAUGUCGGAUAAGCUAUGAGCUCAAGAUCCGAGGUGGCAAUGGAGACAUGUUUGAGAAGAGAGAUCAUGUUAAAAUUUAUCUGGGAGAUAAUGAGAUCCUACAAGGAUUGGACUUGGCACUUACACUUAUGUACAAAGGGGAAGAGUGCCUUCUUCAAAUAGCGCCACGUUUUGCGUAUGGAGACGUAGGGCUGAAGCCUGGCGAGAACCAAGGUUUGGUUGGGGAGAGCACUCCAGUAAAUUAUGAAGGCCCAGUUAUUGGUCCGGAAACAUGGUUGGAAGCUCGAUUGGAACUGCAUGAUUGGAGCGAAGAACCUGAACAUGAAACGCUGCCAAUUGCUGAGAGAAUGGAUAUUGGAAUUCGUCGCCGCGCUCGCGGCAACUGGUGGUACGGGCGGGGCGAGGCGCAGCUGGCCGUGCAGCUGUACCGGCGCGCGCUGGACGUGCUGGACGAGUCGGAGGGCGGCAUCACGGAGCCCACCGCGUCCGGCGAGCUCGCGCCCACGUCGGACGAGCUGCGCGCGCUGCUGGAGGAGCGCCUGCGCGUGCACAACAACAUGGCCGCCGCGCAGCUCAAGGCCGGGGUGUACGAGGCGGCGCUGCAGGCAGUGACCCGCGUGCUAUCCUGCCAACCCCAAAAUGCGAAAGCCCUAUACCGCAAGUCGCGCAUCCUAUCCGCCAUGGGCCGCAACUCGGAAGCCCUGGAGGCGGCCCGCGCGGCGGCGGCGGCGGCGCCCGACGACGCCGGGGCGAGGAAGGAGCUGCAGCGCUGCGAGCAGCGGGCCACCAGGGACCGCUCGGUGGAGCGCCGGCUGGCCAAGAGGAUGUUGGGCACGCAAGCGCCUAAAGGGACGCCGGAUAAGAAACCAUCGAAAGCUAAGAUGCUGAUGUGGGGCCUGCUGAGCCUGCUGGUGGGCGUGGCUAGCGUGCUGGUGUACCGGUACAAGAUGCAGGGGCAUUGAUGACCUUGCAACAGCGGGUUGAGCUGUAAAAUUGAUAUUCCAAUGAGGCGGUUGGACGGGGAAGGUCGGCUACGUACAGUUCAUAUCAUUAUAGGCGCUUGUUCGUCACGCUUACGACAGCGAGCUUUAUAUCCUGCAGUUAAUUAUUACGCUACUUAAAUCCUCUAAAAAUGCAAUUUUACAUUGCCUAUUUUAUAUUUUUUACAUGAUAAGUUUUAUUACAAUUUUGUUAAAAAGGUUCAGAUUGGAAUCUGAGUAAGCACUUAUGCAUCGAUUACACGUAAUGAAUAGAGUGGCGAGACAGACUUCUAUUAACUCUCGGUAGAUGUCCAUAACUCUUAUCAUUAUAUCGACAAUUUUGUACUUGAGCUUCAUUCGACUACAAUUUCUAUUAAUAUUUGUGUAACCUAACAAAAGAUAUACAUUGUGUGAUCACUAUGAAAUGGUAGACGAAUCCAAGCCGAUUUAACUACAACAUUUUCUAUAUCCACUCGGCAGCUGAAACUUGAUUUUUUCACUAAACCGAUUGCAAACUCGUCACUGUACUCGUUAUGUGUAACACGGAUAUUAAAUUUAGAGUAGACACUUGUACUUUAUGUAAAAAUGGGUGGAAAGGUUAGGAUAAUUAGAGUUAACAGACACUGUGAUGCGGUCGCCAGACUGCGCUAGCUUACUUUUAACCAGAGACUAAUAAAUAAAGAAGUGUCAUACAAAGUUAUGUUCCUCAGAAAUAAGGAUAGAGCCCCAUGUAUUUGUUGGCGCCAUUCAAUCUUAAAACCCAUCAGAUAAGUUACUUCAGGAGGAAUGCAACUUUUUUUGAAGAUUAGAUAAGUUUUUAUUAUUUACUGGUCUCUGCUUUUAAUUGUCUUUCGAUUGUGCAUUUAUGUCGAAAUUUUAAAUAAUAUUUCAAUAUGUAUAUAUUUGUAUAAACCUGUAUUUGUCUCAUAGUUGUUUUUGUUUGUGUAGUGCCAAAAUUGGAGACGUAGAAAAUAAUAUAAGAGUAAAUAUCUAUCAAAACAGUGUAAUAAACAUUUAAAAAUAUUUUUCGAUAUCUACUUUACUAGUAUAAGGACAGAUUUAUAAAUCGCAUUCCACAAUAAGCAUUGAAAUAGCUAACUGUCAGGGUUGGUAAAUAAAAGUUGAACUGUUUAUUUUAUUAAUAAUUUACUUUCAAAUCAUUGGUGCUUUAAUUUCUGCAUUUUUGUUCAAUUAACAUUAAAUAUUGUAUGCUUAAAUUGAAACUGAAAAUGGAGGAUGAUCGUUAUUUUUAUAUCGGUAAAAUCAUGGGUAUAUUUACACGCCAAGUAGGCAAUUAACUAUAUUUAAUAUAGUUAAUAAUACUUCAAUCGUAUUAAUACAUAGGAGAACUUAAAUAAUUGGUCUAAACACGCAAUACAAAUGUGAUUUCACUGUGAACAUAACGAGUAUUUAAAUAAAGUGGAAUUCUCGAUUUGUAGACACUGAAAUGCUUACUGAAAGGGCAAAUGAAUAUUAAAUUUACAAUUAUAUCUAUUUAGUAGUAGUAUCAAUAAGCCUUCAUAUUCAAAUGUCUCCGACUUCGAGAAUAAUUACUUCCCAGUCGUUUUAUAGAAUGUACACUUCUAAUGCCCAAAAAUAUUUGAAUACGCACAGAGGCAUUCAACUGGAAAAGUAUAACUAUUAUAUACCCUUUAGAGGACAGUUAAUGGGCAUUUUUCGGCGUACGUAAAUCAAAAAUGCAUGUAAAUUGAAGGAAUGUUUAUCGGCAUACCUUUAAUUCAACUUUUGCUGCUAAAUUAAGCUUUCAAACUGUUCAAGGCACUGAAGUGUAAGAAUUUCAGGUCUAUAGAACAAAUGGGAGUACCUCGCCCCUUCACAUCACAUAAAUACUCUGAUAUCUUGUCAGAAUAUUAUUAUAGCAACAUGUGACAUAGUAAAUUAGAUUUAUUUUAACUUAGGACAAUGGUUUGGUGUAAGGGUCUAUAACGACCCACGUUUAAAAAAAUAAAUAAAAACAUUGUUCAAUUAAACACUAAUAAACGUUGUUGAAGACA